AUGGUGUUAAUUAUUAUACUGAGGUCUUCUGGCUACUGUCAGCAAAGUCAGGCUGCACAAGGGAGAAUCAGAUUACUAUCGGGAGAAUCAGGCUAUUGUAGGAAGAACCAGGUUUCUGUGGAAAGAAUCAGGCUACUGCGGGGAGAAUCAAGUUUCUGUGGAAAGAAUCAGGCUACUGCGGGGAGAGUCAAGUUUCUGUGGAAAGAAUCAGGCUACUGCGGGGAGAAUCAAGUUUCUGUGGAAAGAAUCAGGCUACUGCGGGGAGAAUCAAGUUUCUGUGGAAAGAAUCAGGCUACUGCGGGGAGAAUCAAGUUUCUGUGGAAAGAAUCAGGCUACUGCGGGGAGAAUCAAGUUUCUGUGGAAAGAAUCAGGCUACUGCGGGGAGAAUCAAGUUUCUGUGGAAAGAAUCAGGCUACGGCGGGGAGAGUCAAGUUUCUGUGGAAAGAAUCAGGCUACGGCGGGGAGAGUCAGUAUUGGGAAGUACACAGCCAGGGUCUGGUGCGUCGAGGAGCGAGGGUGAUCCUUGCUUGUAGGAACCUGGAAAAGGCGAACAAAGUGGAAGCGGAGAUCAGAGAGUCUCCAGGUAGCGUCGGGGAGGUGGUCGUGCGACAUCUGGAUACCUCCGACCUCACCUCCGUCAGGAAGUUCGCCGAGCAGAUACUCCAGACAGAGACUGCCAUCCAUAUCUUGAUCAACAACGCUGGUAUCCUGGGACCGAAGGAGAAGCAGCUGACCGAAGAUGGAUUAGAAUUGACCAUGGUGACCAACCACUACGGUCACUUCCUCCUCACCAACCUCCUCCUAGGGAUGUUGAAGAAAAGUUCUCCUAGCCGGGUGAUCAACGUGACGUCCCCAUCCCAUUCGAAACGCAAGAAGCUUGACCCAGACUCGUUGAACUUCGAACACGACAAGUACUCCCCAGUAGUGGCUUACGGACAGAGCAAGCUGUGCAACGUGCUGUUCACCCAGGAGCUGGCUGUCAAGCUGUCAGGCUCAGGGGUGACAGCCAACUGUGCGAACCCUGGGGAAACAAACUCCGAGAUUCUGAAUGCUCAUCUCCUGAGUCUCAGGAUCUGUGCUAUCAAGAUUUUCUUCGUCACUGUCUGCAAGGAUCCAGAGUUGGGAGCAAAAACUUCCAUCUAUCUAGCUGUGGCGGAGGAAGUAGAUGGAGUGAGCGGACGAUACUUCGCAGAGUGCAAGGAAGCUGAGCCGUCUCAACUAGCCCAGCAGAAGCAUCUAGCCCAGCAACUGUGGAAGGCCAGUGAAGUGGCUGUUAAACUUCAACCCCACGAGAAGCACUACUAGCUAGCUCUUUACUAGCCCAGCUAGCUCUUUACUAGUCCAGCUAGCUCUUUUCUAGCCCAGCUAGCUCUUUAGUAUACCAGCUAGCUCUUUUCUAGCCCAGCUAGCUCUUUAGUAUAUCAGCUAGCUCUUUACUAGCUCAGCUAGCUCUUUUCUAGCCUGACUAGCUCUUUACUAGCUUGGCUAGCUCUUUACUAGCCCAACUAGGUCUUGACUAGCAUGGCUAGACCUUUACUAGUCCAGCUAGCUCUGUACUAGCCCAGCUAGGCCUUUACUACCCCAGCCAGCUCUGUACUAGGCCCAGCUAGCUCUUUACUAGCCUCGAUAGCUCUUUACUAGCCCAGGCAGCUCUAUACUAGCCCAACCAGGUCUUUACUAGCCCUGCUAUCUCUUUAUUAGCCCACCUAAGUUUUUACUAGAACAUAAGAAUGGAAGAACACUGCAGAAGGCCUACUGCCCCAUACUAGGCAGGUCCUUCUCCAAACCAUCUAUUCUCAGCCUAUUUUUUGCUUAACCUUUUCACAAAGCUAUUCAGGGUCCUAGCUUCUAUUAGCUUACUAGAUAGAUUGUUCCACCACCAUCUAGUCAGCUAUUAGCACAACAUUCUCUACCUUCUAGCUAACUACUACUACUGUAAUAUAUCUUCUAGCAAGCAACUAGCACAGUAGUCUACCUUCUAGCCAGCUACUAGUACAGUAGUCUACCUUCUAGCCAGCUGCUAGUACAGUAGUCUUCCUUCAAGCCAGCUACUAGUACAGUAGUCUACCUUCUAGCCAGCUACUAGUACAAUAGUCUACCUUCUAGCCAGCUGCUAGUGCAGUAGUCUACCUUCUAGCCAGCUACUAGUACAGUAGUCUACCUUCUAGCCAGCUGCUAGUACAGUAAUCUACCUUCUAGCCAGCUGCUAGUACAGUAGUCUACCUUCUAGCCAGCUACUAGUACAGUAGUCUACCUUCUAACCAGAUGCUAGUACAGUAGUCUACCUUCUAGCCAGCUGCUAGUACAGUAGUCUACCUUCUAGCCAGCUGCUAGUACAGUAGUCUACCUUCUAGCCACCUGCUAAUACAGUAGUCUACCUUCUAGUCAGCUACUAGCACAGUAGUCUACCUUCUAGCCAGCUGCUAGCACAGUAGUCACUACCUUCUAGCCAGCUGCUAGUACAGUAGUCUACCUUCUAGCCAGCUGCUAGUACAGUAGUCUACCUUCUAGCCACCUGCUAAUACAGUAGUCUACCUUCUAGUCAGCUACUAGCACAGUAGUCUACCUUCUAGCCAGCUGCUAGCACAGUAGUCACUACCUUCUAGCCAGCUGCUAGUACAGUAGUCUACCUUCUAGCCAGCUGCUAGUACAGUAGUCUACCUUCUAGCCACCUGCUAAUACAGUAGUCUAACUUCUAGUCAGCUACUAGCACAGUAGUCUACCUUCUAGCCAGCUACUAGCACAGUAGUCUACCUUCUAGCCAGCUGCUAGUACAGUAGUCUACAUUCUAGCCACCUGCUAAUACAGUAGUCUACCUUCUAGCCAGCUACUAGCACAGUAGUCUACCUUCUAGCCAGCUGCUAGUACAGUAGUCUACCUUCUAGCCACCUGCUAAUACAGUAGUCUACCUUCUAGUCAGCUACUAGCACAGUAGUCUACCUUCUAGCCAGUUACUAGCACAACAGUGCAAAUGCAAUAUGAGGUGUGCAAUAAUUGAUUUGUGAUUUGCAUAUUCGUAAUUAAUUAAUGGAGAGAGAGAAAAAGAGAGACAGACAGACAGACAGACAGACAGACAAACAGACAGAAAGAGCGAAAGAGAAGGAGAGAGAGAGAGAGAGAGAGAG